GGUGCUACUGUCAUCAGACACUACUCUGGCUCUGAAAACACCGUCCCUUCAUCUGGAAAAGAUGAGUUACCCAACCACAUGGUCAAUGCUGCGUCAAAGCAAGGGUUUUCUAUCUACAUAGAUGAGCCAGAACAGAGAGAGAACUACAGCUGCCAAGUGGCUGAGGAGCUGGAAUCAAGCCUGUGUGAGCUGGAUACUAGUGCAAUGACAUCCAGCGUUCACCUAUUGCUGGAUCUGAGUACAGGAUCUCCUAUGAUAGUGGACACAUCCUUCCAGUCCCAACCUGAGGAUCACAUGGGAGAUGACAUAACCCUGACUGUGGGAGAGUAUGCGGAAGACAUUCAUCAGUACCUCCGAGAAGCUGAAAUAAGAUUCAGGCCCAAGCCCUACUACAUGAGGAAACAACCAGAUAUCACAACAGGAAUGCGUGCCAUCUUGGUAGACUGGUUGGUGGAAGUAGGGGAAGAAUAUAAACUUCGGACAGAGACUUUAUAUUUGGCAGUGAACUUCCUGGACAGGUUUCUUUCCUGCAUGUCUGUUCUCAGAGGGAAGCUGCAGCUUGUAGGAACAGCAGCAAUUCUUCUGGCUGCGAAAUAUGAAGAGAUCUACCCACCAGAAGUGGAUGAAUUUGUGUAUAUAACAGAUGAUACCUACACAAAGAGGCAGCUGCUAAGAAUGGAACACCUGCUUCUCAAAGUGUUGGCUUUUGACCUAACAGCCCCAACCACUAACCAGUUCCUUCUUCAGUAUAUUCAGAGACACAGAGUCUGUAUCAGGACAGAGAACUUUGCAAGGUAUCUUGCAGAGUUAAGUCUCCUUGAAGCUGAUCCUUUUCUGAAGUAUCUUCCAUCACAAACUGCUGCAGCAGCCUACUGUCUAGCAAACUAUACGGUGAACAGAUCUUUCUGGCCGGAAACACUUGUUGCAUUCACCGGGUAUUCAUUAAGUGAGAUAGUGCCUUGCCUGACUGAUCUGCACAAAGCAUGCCUUGAUGCUCCCCAUUGCCAACUGCAAGCAAUUAAGGAGAAGUACAAGCGCUCACAGUACCUGCAAGUGUCUCUUCUGGAACCCCCAGCAGUUCUUCCUCUACAAUAG